AGGACGGGGGUUUGCUGACUAUUGGAGGGAUUGAGCCGGGUUUAGUAGAUUUUGUAGGUUUUAAAUCAUCUGAGGGUUUGGGUGUAUCUUCUUCUUUGAGGGUUUCUCUAAACCCUUAUAAGGGUUUAUCAGAGGGUUUAGGUUUAUUUUCAUCGAUGUCUUCUCCUCCUUCAUCUCUUUCUUCUUCUUCUUUAUCAUCUUCAUCACCUACCUCUAUAGACCCCUCUCGUUUAAUAGCUUGGACGAGCAUAACAAGCAAAGCUGCUUACCGAGUGCAAAUAUUGCAAAUGGAGGCAGACGGAGAGAUUCUAGGCGAAGGGGAAGAGGCCUUUGGACGCACUCUUGUUGAUUCAGGAACGACAUACUCAUACUUCCCCCCAGGUGUAUACGCAGCUUGGAGGCGGGUGCUUAACCGGCAUUGUACACCGUCUUUGUUUUGUCAAAGAGAGAAGGACGGGAGACCCUGCUGGCGAAUACCCUCAGGGUCUUUCUUAUCUUUGUCUCUUCCUUCUAUUAAACUUACUUUUAAAGAGGGGGACGUCAUACACUGGCUGCCCCAGAGCUACCUAUACAGACGCACCGGAGGGUUUUGGUGCGACGGUCUCGAUGAUAACCGGUCUCAGGAGAGCGUCUUGGGCUUAUCUUUCUUUAAACACAAACAAAUUGUGUUUGACAGAGAUAAGAAUAGAAUCGAACAUCAAACGCAAAAAGUUUCUCACGCGUCUUCCGUCCGCGAGGCUUUCAAGGUGUUUGAAGACGGGUCAUCUCCGCGCAAGAGCCCACAUGCCCUUCCGCCGAGUUGGGAGACGCAGCGAGAAACAGCUGCUAUUUUCUUUUGGGUGUUGGUGGGCCUGGGUGUCUUCUUCUUUGCGGUGUAUGCACUCUGCCGCUGCUUCCGGGGUCCUGCACCCAUGGGAUCGUCUCCUCUGGGAUCGUCUCCCCUGGGAUCGUCUCCCUUGGGAUCGUCUCCCCUGGGAUCGUCUCCCUCUGCAGCAGCAGUCUUAGAAGCCCAACGCAGGGCCCACGAAGCUCGACUGGCGGUGUGGGGUGCUGCGACUGACAGCAGCGAUGAAGACCUUCCAGUGCAAACACGCAUAAAGGCAGGCGUUCUGUCUCCUGGAGGACCCCCAACGGAGUGCCCAGACGACCCCACAACUUCGGGUGUAUCUGCAACUGAUGAGGCGCUGCCGCACGACUCCAGCAGCACUCCCGUAUACACUCUACUUCCCAAAGAGACGAGCUAA